AUGCCAAUGAAAAUGAUGUCAUAUCCAGUGAUCAUAAUAUUCAUACUUCAUUUAUCGACAAUUAAAUCUAAUCCAGAUGAAAAUCUCUCUCCUGAUGAACCACCAAACGAUAAAAUCACUGAAAAAACAAAUACCAUGGAAGAAACAGACGGAAACUUGACUACCUUCACAAAUUACUCUUCUUCUGCAGAUGCCUUUGUUUCUACCAGUCGGCCGGUGAAUAAUGAUGCGCAGACAGACAAUAGGGCGAUCAGGAAAGAAGAAGUGCAGACGACAAAUGAGACAGUCCCCGAGACACAUAAGACAGAACAGCAAAUAGAAGACACAAUCGUAGAACAAAUACCAGAAGAAAUAACAAACGAAACACAAAAUGCAGGGAAAGAGGAUGGAAACACACAAAGUAUCCCUGAUGCAGCAGCGGUAGCGAUAACAGCAGAACAAGAGACGCAAACAGCAAUAGUGGAGACAAACUCCACGAAACAGGAGGCAGAGACACAGAUGGAUAUAAAUACGUCAGUGGCAUCGUCAGGAGCCACGAAUAUGACAUACGUAUUAAAUGAAAAUUCAAGCUUCGAGAAGGCAAACGCUUAUGAUGAAGAAAAGACCACUGAGAAAUCACAGAUAGUAACAGAGUCUACAGAAAAACAUCCACAUCCAAUCAGAGCUUUGAAUCCUGCCAUAAUUCUACUCAUGGUAUGCGUUUGUAUUCUGUCGGUGUCAGGCAUCGCCUCAAUCAUCUACUGUGCACUACAAACUGGCUUUCGUGAUAAUCCAACACUGAUAAGACUGAAAGUAUUCGGUCAAAACACACCGUAUACAACUUUCUCGAAUGAGAAUUUGUAA